GCCGCCCACAACGUCGACGAACCAAUGCCCGUCGCUGUUGCUGGCAACAAUGGCAUUACAUAUGCCUGUCGUUGCUUGAACGUUCGCAUUCGCACCACCACCACAGAAACGGCGCCACCGGAGUCCGUUGACGACCCCGCCUACGCCCAGGUCUACGUUGGAGAGGGGAUCGAAAUUAAACACCCUCAACUCACCCUCCGAAGUCGAAAGCGCGUCGCUACAGUUGCAGAAGGCAAUCGAUAUUCACGAUUUACGACGCUCAAAUGCCUGUUGUGCAACAUCCCAGUCUAUCGCAUUUUCCAGAUCGUUCCGGCCGACGUCGAAGGAAAAGAUGGACCGAUUCUGCCAGCUGAAGACUAUGUCGAAAAGGAGGUCAUGAAGAGUCCUAACGGAUGGGUGCAAGUCAACAAAGACCUUUUGACUGGGGAUGCCAUUCCUCAAGCAGAGACCGACGCAGCCUUUUCCUCGUUAUUCAGCCUAGUGGUCCCGCCUCUACCCCCGACACCACCGGCUCCAGCAAGUCGAAACCGCAGCUUAUCGCCACGGUCCCGUUCUCCUUCCCCAGCCCCAGCGGAACCGCCGAGCUACUUCGCCCAUGUCAAGAAGGUUUUGCCACCUCCGCCGUUCACACCUUCUCACCCAGCCUUCCUGCAUCUAGCCCAGUUAGCGGAGCAGGAUUCCCAACUCCGCCGACGAGCAGCAGAAGAAUAUGUAGCGGAAAUUAUUCGACGCAAGACGGUCGAAAUUGAACAAGGUGAUGCUACUAUUCGGAAACAAGUUGAGGCAGUUUGGCGCAGGUAUCGCGAGAGCAUGAAGGAUGUUCAUGACGAGGUUCCCCAUCUACCCCGCGUCGCAAGGCGAUCCUCGCGAUCCAGGGAAAGGAGGCCGGGCAGGUCGGUUAGUCCAACCCAUGGUAGCCUCGUCAUUCGGGACUUUGUUCCCGUAUCUGUUCCUGCAAGGCUGGCAACUUCCCCACCUCCACGAACAUCAGCUCUCUCGGCUUCGUUGGUAACGUCGACAUUCCAUCAUCCAAGAGCUCAACGGGAUACGUCAUUGCCCCGAAGGUCGGGCUCCCCAGGAACAGAGUCGCCCAAGGCGUCGUCCACGGACUCGUCGACCCUGGUUCAAGAACCUACAACAGACGGCAGCAUCAACGUACUCCAAUUCCGUCGUAAUAUAAACGAUGAUAUCAACACCCAGGCAAGCUAUCGCUACUUCGUCAAUUUGGAAGAAGACAUGGCCCGUGCCAAAAAGCAACGAGAGGAAGCUGCCCGCCAGGCAGAAGCGAGCAAACCGAGACAGGAAUCUGGUGCAACCCAGUCCACAUCAGCCGCUGGAACCUCAUCUGCCACUCAAGAGAACCCAACGUCUUCGUCCAAUGCUCCUGCCCAGGCCACCACAUCUACUGACGAGAAAGCAGCGGAUUCCGAUCCUCCGCGAGGCAGACAAGGCAAAGGCAAACGUAAAGUCACGUUCGAUGUUGAGCCGGAUGUACAUACCAUCCGAAAGGAAGCGGAGACGGAGGAAGAAGAUCUUGAGACGGAAGAACAGGAUGAUGCCCAAGGCGAGUCUAGUCUAUUUUUGGACUUGGCAGCAGAAAUGUUAUUUGGACCCAUGGAAGACAUGGAAGGAGAUGACAAGAGACCACAGCAGCCGGCCCCCGCACUGCCUCUGCUCGAGCAGCCCACCAAUUCGAGGCCUGCCCGACUAAGCAAAGCCCGUCCACAGGUAAUGCCCGAGGAACUGGCCAGUCUCCGCCCUUCCUCCCUCCCCGCUCCAUCGCACAUACGUCCUAUUCGGAGUCCGCCCGGCGUUGAUUCAUCUUCAACAAGAGGCUUGAUGUUAUCACUGCCUCACCAGUCGAACCCGCUUGCGGGUCGCCGUCCUCCUCGGAUGAACGGGUCCAAGGCCACUCUUUCACCUCCCAAAGAUGCAGCCAAUCAGCGAGGUGCCUGGAGCGCGGAUGGCAGGCAUUGGCAAAGCUUCACUCGUGGGCAUACCGUUGAACCAACAAGCAUACCGGAAGAGAACGAAACAGAGACCGGAGACACAACGGAAGCCGGAAUCGAUGUUUCAACUAGUUCCAGAAAGCCUGCGUCAUCUGCGACUAGCAUCAAGGGGAAGACCAAUGGUCAAGGCUCUGUUCCAGAACGAGGUGGGCACAACCACCUGCGAAAUUUUGACGACUCUGACGUAUUGUAUAAAGAUUUCUUUGACUCUCACCAUUAUGUCGGUGUGCCAGGUUCUGCCCCCAUCCAAAUCCACAUGAAGACAACGACGAAACCGCCGCUCAGCCUCGCAUCCUACCAGCCCCAGUCAGCCAUCGCACAACAGCACCAGGAAGAACAAGAAGCCACCCCAACGGCCAACGGGAAGCAAAAUACAUCAUCCACUGCCAUUCGCAAAGCCGUCUACGCUGAGCGAGAUCGCGAGCGGUCCAUGGAUCCUGGUCUAAUGGAUUUCAGGACAUACGAGGAAGAAGAAGAUACUACCAGCAGUGACGAAGAUGAGGAAGAUGCACGGAUUGAGGCCUAUCUAUCCACGACUCGGGGCCGCAGGCGCGCUUUGAAGAUCUUGCAGGCCAGGAGCGUGCUUCCCGAUUCUGGCAUGUGGAGAAGUUUGGCAUCGUAA